AUGGCGACGAGCCAGGUAGCGGUGCGAGAGGCCAGUUGCGUGCAGCAGAAUGCUGCAGACAACGGCGUACAAGAAUCGCCCGAAGUGAUUGCCAUGCUGGCCAAGCUCGAGGAUGCCUUAGAUGGGAACCUAGAGCCGUCCGACUGGGGCGGAUCGAGCCCUCCCCCUAGGCACGUACAGCAUCAGCAGCGACCAGGAGGGCACACGGCUUCCGAUACGCGGAAUAACAACGGCGAAUCGGGUGGUUGGGACGGACGACAACAACACAACCGUGGUGCCGGCGGUAUCGGUGCCGGUGCGGGGAACGAGCGGUGUGUGCUGGAAGAUUUCACCCAAUGCUCCAAGUCGCACCUGUGGAAGCUUAUGAUGAGCUUUUACGACCGCAAAGGGGUGGAGUCCUGGAGCCAGGGUAUCGUGCCCCACUUUAUCACGUGCAACGCCUUCAUCGGGCGCUCUUACGCGCAAGUGCUAAGCGGGUUUCUACGGGACUGCGUGAGGGGGGCAGGCGGCAUGAAGCUGGACCCGACGGAACCACUGUAUAUCAUCGAGCUCGGCACAGGGUCUGGGAAGUUCAGCUUUUUCAUGCUCAAGGCUUUACUCGAAAUGAAGGAAGUGUGCGACUUUCCGGUGGAGAAGAUGGUGUACGUCAUGACAGACUUCACCGAGAGCAACUUUAAGUUCUGGGCGGAGCACCCGGUGUUGAAGCCCUUCCUAGAUUCUGGUCAAUUGGACAUGGCCAUCUUCGACGCUGUAAACGACACGACUAUCAAGCUCAGCCGAUCCGGGGUGUUGCUCGGGCCUGGCACGUGCGUUAACCCCAUCUGCGUCGUGGCGAACUACCUUUUCGACACCUUGUGCCACGAUAUUUUUCAGGUAGACCAAGGGAAAGCGAAGGAAGGGCUGAUCAGCGUUGGGUCGACCCAGAAAGAUGAGCCAGACCCUUUAGACCCAGAGAUUAUCCAGCGGCUCGACAACAGGUUCAGCUAUCAAGAUAUCCCGGACGAUUACUACACGGACGAAGACGGCGAUGAGCCGCAUUUCAAGCGAAUACUGGACUGGUACGUAGACUACGCGGCGCAGGGUUCGGGCGGGAUGUCCAUCCUCUUUCCCGUGGGAGCUCUGAGGGCGUUGAGACGAUUGAUGACAUUCAGCGACAACCGCGCUUUCGUCAUCUCGGGGGACAAGGGGAACAACAACCCAGAGCAAUUCAAGGGCUUGAUGGACCCGCACAUCGCGGUGCAUGGCUCUUUCUCAGUGAUGGUGAACUACCACUCCAUCGGCGCCUACUUUACGAGCAGGGGCGGAUUCGCGCUACACAACCCGCAGGAAGAGGCCAGCUUGAAGGUUUCGACGUUCGUGCUAACAGGGGAUUCGGGAGACGACGAGGACGGGGAAUGGACGGGGGAGGCAAUGGACAGAAAAGACUCGGAGCGAUCGAGCCAGUUCCCGCACCUGGAGGCCGCGUUCAGAACGAACGUGGAACAAUUCGGGCCCAACGACUUCUUUGUGAUGCAGAAGUGCAUGAAGGAGGACGCCGCGACACCAACACUCAAGAGCGUCGUGGCGCUGUUGAAGCUGGGCGACUGGGAUCCCGAUGUGUUUUACAAGUUCAGAGACACCAUCCUCAACCAGGUUUCGACGGCGGUGACAAAGCUGAAGAAGGACCUGUGCCGAGGAAUUCCGCGCGUUUGGAGCAACUACUACAUGCUGGAUAAGGACAAGGACGUGGCGUUCGAGAUCGGGCGGUUCUACUAUGGCAUCCGGGAGUACGAGAAUGCUCUCGGGUUCUACCGGGACAGCUCUGAGAGCGUCGGACAGCACCACGUAACGUUCCACAAUAUGGGGCUGUGCUACUACAGCAUGGGAGAUCUGCACCAGGCCAAGAUCAACUUCGAGCUGGCCUUGGAUAUGAACGCAAACUACGAGAAGGCCAAGUCUUGGCAACGCAAGGUCCACCAGGAGUUGAACUGCCCCGAAGUGAACGGAGAACCAAACGUCAACGGCACCGCGUCAACGACACCAGCGGCAGGUACCACCGACGCUGGAGUACCCACGUCGCCCAGCGCGGAAUGGACCGUCCCCACCCCGCUGGCUCCCCCAGCUGGCGAGGAAGCCGAUAGCCCUGGAGAUGGACUGCCACUGGCACCCCCAGCGGAAGACUUGAACACCCGAUGAUGGCGUUGCGCACCGCGAUGUUGUUGUGGAUUCAUUCGCGGUUUCGGCCUCACCACCGCCGAGCACGCUUAGGUUGUUGCCCGAUUGCAUGGGGUCAAGGCACGUGUCGUGUCCGGAAGAAGCGGAAGGAUCUCACUGUUGCAUUGACCAAAAUAUGAAAUAUGUUGAUCGCCUCGAAACGCGUGUGUACGCGCGUGGCGCAAUUCGUCCUUCUUUUUCUUGCACCACAUCUAUCUCAUGUCUUCACGCUUUUAAUUCACGACCUAGAGGCACCAGGCCGCAGUGUGUAAAGUUGCGCUGUUGUCGUGCGCGCUGCGGCCGGCUAGGGCGCCAGCAUAGUUGUAUACUGUUCAUGCUCCAUUGUUUUGGUGAAGUCAAUCGCUGUCUUUCUCGGUAUAGGUGUUGUACGCGAGUGUGUGGCACUUGAAGGCUCUUCUUUUGCUCGGUAGGUCGUUUGUACAGUAACAGGUAUCGGAGUACAAGGGUAUGGUCGUAUUGUGUGUGGGCUGGUCAUGUUUUUUUGCAGCAUCAUGCGUUCG